AUGGCUGUAUCCCGCCACUGCUACAGCUCCGACAUCUCCUCAAUACACAAACACAGUGAAACGGGCAAAUGGGUCGUAGACGACAAGACACACGGCACGGCUGAGUAUGACCACAUUAUAGUGGCCACAGAUCCCCAUGCCGCAGCAAUUAUACUGAGAAACAUAAGCCCUAAACUAGCCCAGACCAUUGGCCAGGUUGAAGUCACACAGAGCGAAACCAUACUGCACACCGACGAGAGCUUCAUGCCGUCGGACUCGGCUUUGUGGUCGCCCAUGAAUUUGAAGUCGACCCGUACGCCGGGUGCACAAGAGCAAACGCAAACGGAAUGCACGGCAUGGAUCAAUGCUCUGCAGCCAAUCUCCGACAAACAACAAGUCUUCGAGACUUGGAACCCCCUCUCAGAACCUCGAGAGGGUACGGUUAUAUCGCGGUCGAUGUUUGAUAGGCCGCUGGUUACCAUGGAAACGGCACAGAUGCUGCACGAGGUAUCUGCAGCACAAGGGGUUGAGGGUCUAUGGGUGUGUGGCGCGUACACCCUUUCUGGAGUGCCUCUACUAGAGAAUGCAGCUGAUAGCGGACUUAGGGUCGCCGAGAAAUUAGCCGGCGUGAACCGACCGUGGGAGCACUCAUUGCGACGUGCCGUACCAUCGCCGGUACAUGCGUUAACUGCGGUGAGUGCCAAUCUCAUGCGAAACGCAGCACAGAUGACCGGCAACGGCAUCUCUCGCGCAGCAAAUUGGUCCAGGGACUGUGUGCGGGAGAUGUCGAGUAUAGCGUUCAAAACGUUACCGGGUUGGUCAGAUACGCCGGAUACCAAAUAGCAGUUCGCAAGUUGUUGGUGUAGUUGUGGUUUGCGUAGCGUUCGGCAUUGACAUUCUUAACUGUAUUGUUAAGAUACGUUUUGCAUGCGAUAAAGUACCUCCAAUAAUAGUUACAGUAGAGUGCUUGCGGGGAAGCGCAGUGCUGUCUGCGGGUGACAGUUCAGCUAGGUGGCGAAUUUAGUUUAGAUAUCUGGAGAUGCCUCCGAGUGUAUCAAUAUGGACCUUUAAACGCACCAGGUUAGUGGGUGUUGGUUAAUAAUAAUUCAA